GUGGUUUUGUGUAUUUAUUCCAGUUUUGGGACUUCAGUUUCAAUCAAGCAUCACCAGAGUGGAAGCUUUUCCGCAUCUCUCAGAAUACCACCAUGAAAAAGUCACAAGGAUUAUCAUCUUUAUAGUGUCCCAGAUGGCUUCCAAGCUCUGUUUCUGGUCCUGAAAGCUCAAUGAAUCUUCCCUGAACUAACCUGAUGCUCUGUUCCUUCUUCCAGCAGCUGGGAGCAGGGAUGGAUAAGAUACUGGAAGCUGUGGUGAUGUCCUCCUACCCCAACAACGUGAAGCAAGGCCUUGUGAGGCGCGUCAUCGAGGCGUCGAAGCAGCCCAUGGACAGUGAGCAGUGCUGGUCCAUGCUGGAGCUGUGUACCAAGCUUUAUCUCGUGGGGGACACCAAGUAUAAAAGAGAGAUCGGGAAGGAGGUUUUGGAGGUCUAUGGCCACUACCACCCGGAGGAAUUUGAGGAGUUCUUCAAUGUCCGCUUCCUACUGAGUCUCCUCCAGGAGGGCUACGGGCCUCUGGGGAAGAGAAGCCAUUACGUCCUCGAUUAUAUCCAGUUAGGGCUGCAGUUCGUCUUGGAAAGCCCAUCAGCAAACAGCAUUUUCAGCUUGUUGAGGAUCGAGGUGCUCCGGAAAGUCUGCGAGAGGCCUGGCCCCAAGCAGUGCGCCAAGAUCAGCAAACUCUUAACCCAACAUCCUCAGUGCAUUCCCACAGGCAAGCACCAGGUCUUGUUUUGUCAGCAGCUGAUCCGGUGCAUCGGGCAGUUCCAGUGCGUCUCCGAGGGGGAAGAGGACAUCAUGGAGUUUUUGGAGCAUGUGAACAAGGUGAGCGGUCUACUGCAGAGGAUCUGGAGGACUCAGACCUCAGCCAUCCUGCCCUCGUUGAAGGAGCUGUUCACUAUCAUUUCUUCAACAGAGGAGCAGGAAGCGCCGUCCAACGCCUUGGCCAGCGUGGUCCAGUUUGUGCCUCUGGAGCUGAUGGAUGGGGUCAUAAGGAACCUCACCAAUGACGACAGCAUCAGCGACGUGCAAAUGAUGAUGGCCAUUGGCAGGAUGAUCGACUGGGUGUCCUGGCCCCUGGGAAAGAACAUAGACAAGUGGAUUAUUGCUCUGCUGAAGGGUUUGGCUGCGGUGAAGAAGUUCAGCAUCUUGAUUGAGGUUACUCUUUCAAAAAUUGAAAAGGUCUUCUCCAAGUUGCUGUACCCCAUCGUGAGAGAGGGAGCUUUGUCCGUCCUGCAGUACAUGCUGCUGAGCUUCCAGCACUCCCACGAAGCGUUUCACUUGCUGCUCCCUCACAUCCCCAGGCUGGUGGCCUCUCUGAAGAAGGAAGACUCCAACUCUGCCACCAGCUCUCUGGAGCAGCUGGCCGAGCUCAUCCACUGCAUGUUCUUCCGCUUCUCAGGAUUUCCAGAUCUGUACGAACCAGUCUUGGAAGCGAUUAAAGCUCUUCCAAUUCCAAACGAAGACCGGAUUAAACAUCUCUUGGGACAGAAUGCUUGGACCUCCCAGAAGAACGAGCUAGCCUGCUUCUACCCACGCCUGGCAUCCAAAUCAGAGACGGGAAAGAUUGGCUUAAUUAACUUGGGAAACACCUGCUACAUGAAUAGCAUCAUACAGUCUCUUUUCAUGGCUUCAGACUUUCGGCAUUCGGUGUUGAAUUUAACCGAGGGCAACUCCCAGCCCCUGAUGACAAAACUCCAGUGGCUCUUUGCGUUUUUGGAGCACAGUCAGCGACCUGCCAUCUCACCUGAGAGCUUCCUCUCCGCCUCCUGGCCACCCUGGUUUACCCCUGGUGCUCAGCAGGACUGCUCGGAGUAUCUCAAGUACCUGCUGGAUCGAUUACACGAAGAAGAAAAAACUGGGAAAAGGAUCUACCAGAAACUCAAGGAGUCCAGCUUGAUGUCUCAGGCUGUGGAGCAUCAUUACUUAAACAAGACAUUGAUUGAGAAGAUGUUUGGGGGUAAAAUGAUGACAAAGAUCCGCUGCUUGAAGUGUCUGAAUGUGUCCUCCCGAGAAGAAGCCUUCACAGACCUGUCGUUGGCUUUCCCCCCGCCAGACAGGCACAUACAUGGGCCAGGGAGUGCCUCUGUUCUACCCGUGGAAGAAAUUGGCCCACAGUUUAUUGAGCCUCCUGAAAAGCCAAACCAGGUAAUGGGGUCUCCUUGGGUCCGAAGGAAGCCCCCCAUGUCUGGAGACCUCCCAGCUCAGCCGGUGCCAGUGGAAACGCUGGGUUUUCGGGAGGCUGGAGAACCAUCAAAUCCCUUAAGCAGUGAUGCUGUUGGAGCAGAAUCAACCAAAGACCCAACAUUGGCUUUUGGGGAGCAGGCGUCUGCUCCCAAGGACUCCAGAUCCGUCCCGGAUUUAAUCAACUAUUUCCUGUCCCCGGAGAGACUGACAGCGGAGAACAAAUAUCACUGUGAGAAAUGUGCUUCCUUGCAGGACGCCGAGAAGGUGGCGGAGCUGACAGAGGGGCCGCACUACCUCAUUCUCACGCUGCUGAGGUUCUCCUUCGACCCACGGACCAUGAAGAGGAAGAAGAUCCUGGACAACGUCUCUAUCCCUGUGGUGCUCAAGCUACCUGUCCUCGUCUCCUCGGAGGAAAAUGAGGAUGUUUGGCGACACAGGAAGGGCAGAGCUGGCCCGGGCAGCAGUUUUGUGUCUGUCGUGUACGACCUCUGCAGCGUGGUGGUGCACUCGGGCAUCUCCUCCGAGAGCGGACACUACUACUGCUACUCCAGAGAGUGCACUGACACCGUUCCCCACGGGCAGCCGCGGGAUGGGGCGCCGAAACCGGCUUCUGACAAGCAGUUGGACUUUGAAAUCCAGUGGUACCUCUUCAACGACACCAGGGUUUCCUUCUCCUCCUUCGAAUCGGUCAGCAACGUGACCUCUUUCUUCCCCAAGGACACUGCCUACGUGCUCUUCUACAGGCAGCGGCCGGGCAGGCAGAGCUGCCCGCUGCACGAGGCUGCGGCAGAGGCCAGCCACCUGCAUGGUGAACCCUCGCUCAAUAAGGACUUGAUGGAAGCCAUCUCCAAAGAUAACAUCCUCUACCUGCAGGAGCAGGAAAAAGAGGCGAGGAACCGAGCCGCCUACAUUUCCGCCUUGCCGAAAUCCCCGCUGUGGUGGAGGGACUUUGACAGGGACAAGGACGAUGACAGCUCCUCGGGGGGAUGCAGCCCUGCAGCGGGCGGAGGUGGAUCCGGCUCCUUUCACGGACUUGUCUUCUAGCAGCUGGGUUAAACCAGAACAUCAAACAUCCACGGGGCCAACCCAAAGCCAGAGGCUCCUCUUCCUCGCCCCGCUGACAGCGAGCAUCUCAAGAAGAGGAUUUGGGGAACGUCACGAUGGAAAAGGACUCGGGCUGGUUUGGAGGCUGCGUUGUUGGCACCUGGAGGGUCGUCCUGCUUCCUAUGCACUCGGUCUUAAACGCCUUAAACUAACCCUUGCAGCUCAGCGCCUGCAGACAGCUUGGAGAAGUGCCCUUGUGCUUCAGCGUGGCCAUGUCUUGCCUGCUGCCACCAGCCUGGGGAGGACACGGGGUGGGGAUGGGGUUGGGGAAGGACCCAGCAAUGGUCUGGGGAUGAAGGCUGCUCGUGCACAUCCCACCUGCAGCCCUUCACGCAGCACUGAGUUUUGGGGGACCUCUUCACAGUUGUUUUUAUUAAUGUGGUUGUGAAAGAUCACCUGAACAAACCUCUAGAGGUGGAAAAAGGCUGAAAAAAGGCCCAAAGAGGCCUCGCAGCCAACAUUGUGAUGCUGCUAUGCCGGGGGGGGAGCCUGUAAGCUUCCCUGGGGGCAGUGAGCAUCAGCAGGUUCACCAGAAGGGUUUGGUGCAGCAUUGCAAAGCACCCAAAAGAGGCCGAGGGGCACAAACCCCUCCAGCCAAGAGAGACUGACUGUGUGUGGUUGUUUUUUGGGGCUCUGUCAAGCCCCUCUUGCAUUACUGGUGAGCUCUGGAUGCUGUUAGUGUACAUGGCAGCCCAAGGCACGCAGCUGCUUGUCCAGAUGUGUCUUUAGGCUCGGUUAACCUGGCAUUUCAUGGCUUGAAAACUGGGCUUUCCUUUGAGACACCUUGAACUGAAAGACAGAGACCCCUGCAACCACUAGCUGUUUCUUCAAAGUCCUGAUUUACAAGGAGAGCAACCCAACCAAAUACGCUAUAUGCACCUAGCAUAAAUACCUAGUAUGUAAACCAAUGCUUUAUAUAAAUCAAUAAUGGGACAGGGACUGAUUUUGGUGGCAGGAGCCAGCCCAAGCCUUGGGCAGUGCAUCUAUAGGAUUGUGGCUCCCUCCCCGGCUGCUCCCCACCCAUCGUCCCAACCUGCUCCUUACUUGCGCCUGUAGUAGAUUUGCUCUAGCUCCAGUGGCAGACUUGUGCCUUAGGUCCUGGGUGUGGGGCCUAAUCCUGACGGGGGUUUUGGGGGAAGCAUUUUUUUUGCUGUGGAGGACAAGACAAAGCACAGACAUUGCUAUGGGGGAUGCAAGCAGAAAGUCUGCUAGAGAGGACAUUUUCUGGCACGGGAUCGAAUCUCUGGCAUAUACUAUCAUAUAUAUUCUUUUAUUGUCUUUCCUACAUAUAAAUAAAGGAAAUGAAUUAAUUCAACAGAGAAACUUCGUGUCUUACAGCAGUACUCACGGGGUGGAUGGGGUCAAAAAGAUGAUGGGAGA